AUGAAAGUUUAUCACCCGCUCGGAAUCAUUUGCCUCUGCUUGAAUGUCGCCGAUUUUGCGGCACCACUCGCUAACAUCAAAUAUGUAAUACGUAAGCGUUCGUCGCAAACACUGCCUCUACCUCUGUGCAUCGCGAAUUUCCUCGUGUCGAACGAAUGGUUUAUUUAUGGACUUCUCAAAGACGAUUUCUAUCUUAUUUUACCAAACGGAGUGGGUUCAAUAUUUGCAACCAUCAAUCUAGUUUUGUUCAUUGUAUUACCUCGUAAAACCGGACUUCGUAGUCCAAUUCUGAUGCUGUUCGAUAUCAUCUUAUGUCGUCGUCAUUCUUCUGAAGACGGCAGUGUUGCUGACGUUGAGGCGGCUGCUGUUGAAGUUACUUAUAAAGAGCUUCAAGAUAGUAACGAUCGAAAAACUUGGUCUGACAGAAUGAUAGCUAACGUGACUGGAGAGUUCGAAAAUGUGAUCGCAAAGUGUACACUCAAAGAACAAUUUGGCUAUUCGGAUACGCUGAACAAGAAGUUGAGUACAGAUAGCAGUGUUAGUCACAUUGAUACGAUGAGUGCCGGUAGCUCGUCGAUUGACGCUGAACCAGCAAAAGUUUGUGACAAGAACGACGCAUCAUUAUUCCCGGAGAAUGUCGCGAUUGCAUUCGAUACCAAACAGUUGCAACAGUUAUGCGGUCAGCUUUCGUCGAUUCUGCACCCGAAUCAACAACGACGAACAACCGAAAAACGUCAACGUCGCCAAUCUGAGUAUCCAACCGAACCGAUUGCAUCGCUUCAUCGCACGACAAGUGCACCAAAUCUAAGUCAUUGUGGUCAAGAUGACAACUGA